GCGGUCGGGCUGAUUGGACGGGGGCAUCGCUGACGCGGGAGAACGUGUGACAGCGUUGUGAAUAAGGUGUGGGAAGAGCAACGCCAAACAUGCAGUGUAGUGCAGUGGAGUGGGUGCGUGCAGCGAGCGGAGCAGCGGCGAGCGGCUCAUUGACACGUUCAUCCACACUCCCACCACCACCACCACCACCACCACCACCACCACCACCACUACUAUAGCCGCGCAGUAAACACAGCCGGAGAUAUUUCUCAUCCAAGGACAACCCCAGGAAAGUUGAACCAUGCAAUCGAAACCAAUGCUUACCACAGGCUUGCCACCCGUGUUUCAUUUCUGGAGUAUUUAACAAUAUAUAUAUAUAUAUAUAUAUAUAUAUCAGUACGUUGAUAAUUUUUAGUAUUCGAUGCAAGCAAACUUAAAGAGAUACUUAUGAGACAAGAGGCAGAAUUAGACGCUGGCACCUUUCGCUCGUGUAGAUUAUUUAUUUCAUCUCUCCACCGUGCCAGCACUGUUGCUUGCUCACUAGAGUAGCUUUGUAGUGAUUUCUUUGCGAGGGCGAUUUGUUUCUUUAGGAAUAUGUGUACCUACUUCGAUUUUCUUUGACUGGUCAUCAGCUACCUCAGAAGAAAGAAAACGCUGACCACUGAAGCCCUCUCUUGUUGGAACCGUCGCCCUUGUAACAACAGAAGGAUCAGCGAGCGAGCGCCCUGGCGUUUAAGGACCUCAUUGUCACCGGCCAAAUAUCUAACCGUCGGCUAUCUCAACACCUGGGUACAAGCCCAAGACAAUGGUGCACUGUGCAGGAUGCGAGCGGCCUAUAUUGGAUAGGUUUCUAUUGAAUGUCCUGGACCGCGCUUGGCAUGUGAAAUGCGUGCAAUGCUGCGAAUGCAAAUGCAACUUAACGGAGAAAUGCUUUUCGCGAGAAGGGAAACUCUACUGCAAGAACGACUUCUUUCGUCGCUUUGGCACAAAGUGUGCCGGCUGCUAUCAAGGAAUCUCUCCGAGCGAUUUGGUGAGGAGAGCCAGGAAUAAAGUAUUUCACCUGAACUGUUUCACUUGUAUGAUAUGCAACAAACAACUUUCCACCGGGGAAGAACUCUACAUCAUCGACGAAAACAAAUUUGUUUGCAAAGACGAUUUUGUAAACAGCAAUAAUUCGAAAGAGAACGGCUCGCUGUCAGUCACGGCAUGCAGUGAUCAAAGUUUAUCGCCGGAUUCUCAAGAUCACUUACAAGAUGACACAAAAGAUUCAGAGAGCGUCACUGUUUCAGAUAAAGAGACGGCCAACACCGAGGGCGAGGAGCAGAACCUGGGGGCCAAGCGCCGCGGCCCACGCACCACCAUCAAAGCCAAACAGUUGGAAACUCUCAAAGCGGCCUUCGCCGCCACCCCCAAGCCCACCAGGCACAUCCGAGAGCAACUGGCGCAAGAAACCGGGCUGAACAUGAGAGUUAUCCAGGUUUGGUUCCAGAACAGAAGAUCCAAAGAGAGGAGGAUGAAACAGCUGAGCGCUUUAGGUGCCCGGAGACACGCGUUUUUCCGCAGCCCCAGACGGAUGCGCCCCUUAGGAGAUCGUCUCGACGGGGCCGACAUGAUGGGGAACGGCCCUUUCAAUUACUACGGGGAUUACCAGACUGAAUAUUAUGGCCCUGGCAGCAACUACGAUUUCUUUCCUCAAGGACCACCUUCCUCUCAAGCUCAGACUCCAAUAGAUCUGGGUUUCGUGCCCUCUUCCGGGCCUGGGGCGACCCCACUCGGCGGGCUGGAGCAUCCACUGCCCGGCCACCACCCGAGCAACCUCCCUGGCCCCGGAGACGGGCAGCGGUUCACCGACAUGAUCUCUCACUCGCACGGGGACUCGCCCAGCCCGGAGCCGGGUUUGACAGGACCGUCAAUGCACACGAUGGCGGGGGAUGUCUUCGGCCCGGGUCCCAGCCCGUCCUUCUCACUCACCAAUGGGGGGUACGCCAACCAUUUGUCACAUCCACCUCCAGAAAUGAACGAGGCGGCUGUUUGGUAACGGAUGAAAAUGGACAGCGCGUCUCCCGUCUCUCUAUCUCUCUCUGUAUCUGCGCUCUGUCCCACCCCAAAGACUAUUCGCCCGCUGCCCGACCCGCUAAGCAAGGAUGAUGCCAAGAUCAUCAACAAAAUUGGACAUCCGCACAUUAAAAACACUAAAACACUAAAAAUAAAACCUCGACAUUUCAACAAAAUUGCAAAUACCACAAACCAGAAGAAAAAUUGCAACGAGUUAGUGGAGCAACGAAGAUUUUUUUUGUACGGGACAGCAUUGUGAGCGGAGAUCUUUAAAAAAAAAAAAUAAUCCAAAAAAGGACACGUUUCAGAAAAAGACAAAGGCGUUCGGGAGCCUUCAAGAUUUCACUUCAACUAUUCUACCUACACGAAGCUGAACAACAAAAAAGGAGCUCAUAUACAAACUGAAAGAGUCUACUGUUUACGUACUAUAUUUAAAUUCAGGAGUUUAAUGUUUUAGAAAAAGCAUUUUAAAACCUCUUGAUCUGAUUUGAACAAACGGACAUCAUGCAGCCAAACUUAGUUUUUGUUUUCCAAAUUUUCUCACUGGAGUUGUGGUUCAAGGCUCCAGUUUGUACAAAGUGACUUUUGUUUUGUUAUUUUUUGUUUUUGUUUUUGCGUAUGUUUACAAAAGUGGAGAAACAAACUAGAAAGGUGCCAAAUAGAUAAGUCAUAGCACAAUUCCUCUCGGCUCACCGAGGCCGUCCACUGGAGAAAGUGUUCAGAAAGGGAGUGUUAAAAAAUAAACUUUCUGCUCAUUUUUAGCUCUCUCAUAGAAAUCAUUCAUAUUGUUAAUAAUGCUCAUAUAGAUUCAUACAGGAUUUUAUUUUUGUGUCUUACCGAAACGAAAGGUCAAAUAUUUAAACAAUUUUACUACAUGGUCAAAUAUGCAGUUGAUAGCUGCUAAGUUUUUUUUCUUUAUACAGUAUAGAAUUCCUCAUGAUAUCAAUCUUUUGUCAUAACAAUAGACCUGAGCUUUUGUGACCUCCGUUGCAUAUUAGACCAUUCACUGUAUAAAUGAGAAAAACAUGUUGAAUAAAAUUUGUGACUUUUUAAUAAAAAAACCCAAAUUGAUGU